CUACUCCAUUUAGUCCUAUAAAUGCCUUCAAAUGCCCCCGUUUACUUCAUUUUGUCCAAAUCCAUGCUUCAGUUCCAUGGCAAACAUAGACCUAAACCAACCUGCACUUCUUUGGGAUGAGAUUGAGGAUUAUUCCGGACCUGUGAUCGACCUCAACUACGACCUGAAGUGGGUCAGCGACGGAGAGGAUGAGCCUGAAGCAACCGGCCAAGAACAUGGAGGAGGAUUGGGUGCUUCUGAUUGUGUCAUGGGCGAUGGAGAAGGAGGAUCAAGGAACGUGGGCGUUGGGCACGGGCGUGGCACUCUCAGCGUCUCCAGCGAACGGUGCGGCACACUCGGCGGCGCAACGCUUAGCCUCGCUGGCAGCAAUAACGCCACACCCAGGCACGGCGGCCGCGGGCAUCCCAGGCUCGGGCUCACCGGCCUCGGGCAUGUCGUGCCUGGUUGCAGCAGAGGCAACCUCAGCCUCGACACACCUCAUGGUCUCGCUAGCCAUGGGCGGGGUGCAACAAGCUGGCGGCGGCAACCUCAGCUUCGACGAGCACGUACCAAGGAGCCAGCCAUGAUCAUGAAGAUAUUGAUGGCCAUGGCCAUGCAGACCAAGGAGAAGAAGGCUUCGAAGCGAUUCCUGAGACAAUGUAGCUUUUUCAUGUGGAUGGAUUCCUAUGUUGAGAAGCUUCAAAUCGAAGGGAAGCUGCAAGGGCAUGAGAUGGAAGAGCAGAGGAUGGAGAGGGCAGAUGAGAACAAUGGCAAGGCAGAAUUGUUGUUUUUGGAAGAGCAAACUGAUAUGGCUAUGCCCGAAUAG